AUGCCUGAAAAAUAUAAUAUUAAGAUAGACAGGAAUGUUUCUCCUGCUGUACAUGCAGCACGUUUGGAGGCGAUAGAAAAAAUGGGUAUUGCUAAGUUGGUCGCUGGUGUGGAGAAAGAAGAGUCAACGGAAGAGUUUGCUGAUUCGUUUCAAGAUAAUGGUCCAUCUUUUGAUUCAGUUGAGUUCAACACUUUCACGAAAAACAAUGGAAUUAGACAUCUAUUUUCACCACCUAACCAUCCAUCCAGUAAUGGAGCGGCCGAAAACUCAGUAAAAACUUUCAAAAGAGCGUUAGUUAAGGCAUUUUCUGAAGGUUUGGAUGUCAAUGUGUUUAUUUCUCGUUUUCUAUUCGAUUACCGCAACACAGAACAUUGCACAACUGGUUCUAGUCCUUCUCAAUUAAUGUUUGGUCGUAAACUCAAACGUAGACUUGAUUUAUUAUUGCCAAAAAGGAAUGAACAAUAUGAUGAUAAAAAGUUAAAACAGAUAGAGCAAUAGGGUGGUAGAAGUAGGGACUUUGAUGUAGGAGAUGAAGUGAAUUUUAGGGAUUAUUCUGUACCAAAUAAACCUACUUGGCGUGAAGGUAAAAUUGUCCAAAAAGAAGGAAAUUUUGUGUAUGAGGUUAAAUCUCCUGACGUUAAACGACAUUCUGAUCAAAUUUUUCCUAGAUCGUCACUGAAUUCCUAUCCAAUACGCCCUUCUGGCGAAGAUGAUUCUUUUAAUAGGGAAUUCAAUGGCGAAACUGUUCUAGAAAAUAAUUCAACCGGGCAAGUUGAGGAAAGUAUACCGGAAUCUGGUAACACUUUAGAAACAGCGAAUACUGGGGGGUAUUCAAAUUCUGAGGUCAAAAGAUAUAAUUUGAGAUUUAGAAAAGUUAAUAAUGAGGAAUGAAAACAUGAUAUUGUUGUUUCAUGGUUAUUUUCGUGAUGAAACAGGUUAUAUAUGGAUAUUGAUGUUAUAUAUGUGUAUAUUUAUCCAUGUUGAUAUAAUUGUAUGAAUAUUUGUUUAUUUAAAUUAUGAAGCUAGGAAAUAAGAACAGGGGUGUUAUACUGCCCAGCCUGUAUAUGUAAAGAUGUUGUGAUGCGCAUGAAAAUUCUGACAUUUGUUUUCCCUAUGUAUUCGUUGUUCCACAAUAAAUCAGUAUUGAAUCGAAUCUCGUAUCAUUAUUUGCAAAUUAACCGCAAGUUAUCACAGUAGUAAAAUAAAUGAAAAUAUUUCUGAACAUGAACUCGUCUCAGGUCCAGAUGAUAUAUCUAGUCAGAAGGUAACAAGACGAACGAUAUAUAAAAGCAAGUUUGGUAGGAAGGUUAGAAAACCUGAAUGAUAUUAAAUACUGAAUUAUCAAUAAAACUGUAUGUAAUGUAAAUAUUAUAUGAAAAUAAUUGAAAAAGGAAGAUGUCAUAUAUUGUACAUGCGUAUUGAGUUUGAAGACUCCUGUCGUCUUGUCGAGAGGAGUCAGUCGAUUGUGAGACGAAUUAGAAUAAACGUAUAAAAGCAU